AUGGCUGGCCUGAACGUCUCCCUUGCUUUUUUUUUCCUGGUUGUUGGGGUGUGCCAGGUGCUCAGGAGGAUUUCCAAGAGGUUUCUGUCUCCUGGAGCAUAUGGCUGCCUUGCCAGAGAACUUGCUGGCUCGUUACAGUUGUGCAUGAGCUGCCUGGAGCUGAGGAUGCUGUUGGAGGUCGGCCCGUGGGGGGGUGGCUUUGGCCCCGACGUGGUCCUCACUCUGCUCUUCCUGCUCUUCGUGCUUCAUGGCGCCUCUUUUGAUGGAGCAUCUGCCAACCCCACCGUCUCUCUCCAGGAGUUCCUCCUUGAGUCCAGCUUCUCCGCAACCAUUGCCAAGCUGCUGGCCCAGGGCGCAGGGAUGGGGAUGGGUUGGGCUGUCACCAAGCUCUACUGGUCCUGGGAGCUGACGCAUUUCCACCUCAUCCAGAACCUGAUGGCGUCAGAGUGCAGCUCUUCCAUCCACACGUCCCUGCACCACGCUGCCUUUGUGGAAGGGACCUGCUCUUUCCUCUUCCACCUUGUCCUUCUCAAGUUGCAACAGAGUCACCCGAUGUACCGGGUCCCUGCCCUGGCCAUGACCGUCACCCUCCUGACCUACAUAGCCGGACCGUUCACAGGAGCCUUCUUCAACCCUGCCCUGGCCACAGCUGCCACCUUCCACUGCUCGGGGAGCAGCUUUUGGGACUACGUCCAGGUUUACUGGCUAGGGCCCCUGGCGGGGAUGCUCGCUGCCCUCCUGCUCUACCAAGGUAACAUCCCCCGACUCUUCCAGAAGAACCUCCUUUACAGCCAGAAGAGCAAAUACAAGAUCCCCAAGGCGAGGGUGGCAGCGGCACACGCGGAGGGUGAUGAAGCACGGCAGAAGAGGAAAGGGGAGAAGAGCAACACCGAGCCUCAUGCCUGA